AUGCGAAGAAUAAGAAGAGACAGACCAUCGGUUUCACCAGCUUUUAAUUUCCGACACUCUCGACCCAGGAUUAGCAUCAGUUGGCACUGCAGCUCAUUUUUCCCCACGCGCUUCCUCUCUUCAGCCAGUGUGUUGGUUGGUUUGGCAUUUACUUGUGCUCUUGGCAUCACUUUUCUGGUGUUAGCCUGUGCCUUACCUCAAUACAACAACUGGUGGCCAAUGUUUGUCCUGUUCUUCUACAUAUUGUCUCCCCUGCCAACGAUAGCCGCCCGAAGACUGUCCGGUGGCUAUGACUCAUCCAGCAGUGCAUGCUUUGAACUUUGCAUUUUUCUGACCACAGGAAUUAUCAUAUCAUCUAUUGGUCUACCAAUAGUUUUGGCUCAUGUGAAUGUGAUUUAUUGGGGUGCCUGCGCCCUGGUGCUAUCAGGCAACAUUGUGGUAUUCCUCACAAUCUUUGGCUAUUUCAAAGUUUUCGGCAAUGACGACGUGGAUUACAGCACAUGGUAA